AUGUUUGUGAUUACCUGGCUGGUGAACGAGCUAGCGAGGGGGAAAGGGGGUGGGGGAGGUGGGACCCAAGACAGGAAGUACAAGGCGGAGGGGCAUCCCACCAUCGUGCUGGCAGGGGUGGAGUAUGAAAGCCGCUUUUUCCAAGUACAAGGCGGAAGGGCAUUCCACGAUAGUCCUGGCAGGGGCGGAAAGUACAAGGCGGAGGGACACCCCACCAUCGUGCUGGCAGGGGCGGACGUACCCACCACUGAACCUGGUGGGGAUGGGCAUCAUCCCGCUCUGCUUCAAUCUGUCCCUAUCUCGUUUCCCUCCUGCUCCUUGCCUUGUCUCCUCCCAGGGAGUGCGGGCGGUGAUUUCCGUCUCAUUCGAGCGCAUUCACCGCAGCAACCUGGUGGGAAUGGGCAUCAUCCCGCUCUGCUUCAAGCCCCUCACCAAGCUCCCUCACUCUUGCCCCCACCUUUUCUGCCUUGUCAUACACACCUACAGGGAGUGCGUGCUGUCAUCUCCGUCUCAUUCGAGCGCAUCCAUCGCAGCAACCUGGUGGGGAUGGGCAUCGUCCCGCUCUGCUUCAAGCCCCUCUCAUUCCUCCCUCCCGUCCUCCUCUCCCGUCUGCUUUCUCCCACCAUCACACCACAGGGAGUGCGAGCUGUCAUCUCUGUUUCAUUCGAGCGCAUUCACCGCAGCAACCUGGUGGGAAUGGGCAUCAUCCCGCUCUGCUUCAAGCCCCUCACCAAGCUCCCUCACUCUUGCCCCCACCUUUUCUGCCUUGUCACACCACAGGGGGUGCGGGCGGUGAUCUCCGUCUCAUUUGAGCGCAUUCACCGCAGCAACCUGGUGGGAAUGGGCAUCAUCCCGCUCUGCUUCAAGCCCGGUCAAAACGCCGAGACGCUGGGGCUGACUGGCAAGGAGCGCUUCUCCUUCUCCCUGCCGCCGGUGGAUCAGAUCCAGCCCGGCCAGGACGUGGUGGUUUCCACGGACAACGGAAAGUCGUUUACCUGCACCCUGCGCUUUGAUACUGAGAUCCAGCCGGGGCAAGACGUGGUGGUUUCCACGGACAACGGAAAGUCGUUUACCUGCACGCUGCGCUUCGACACGGAGCUCGAAAAGGCCUACUACAAUCACGGGGGCAUUCUGCACUUUGUGCUGCGUCAACUGCUGGCCAAGUCCACUGCUGCUUGA